AUGUCUAAGACUACCGUUUUUCUUUCGGGUGCUACUGGUUACAUCGCACAACAAAUAAUUGUUGAGCUUCUUUCCAAGGGCUAUAAUGUGGUUGGUUCAGUAAGAUCUCAAGAAAAAGGAGAGAAGUUGAAGUCUUACUACGGUGAACACUUUCAAUAUGUUGUUGUACCUAAUUUAGAACAAAAGGGUGUUUUCGAUGAAGCCUUGAAGAAGCAUCCUGAAGUGACUGUAUUCAUUCACACUGCAUCUCCAGCAACAUUCUCUCCCGAAGACAACGAGAGGGAUACCUUGAUUCCUGCUAUCGACGGCACUGUUAAUGCCUUGCAGGGCAUUGUGGACCAUGCUCCUCAGAUUAAGAGGGUUGUUUUGACAGGCUCUACUGUCUCUACUGUUGAUAUUGCUGAUUUCACAGAUCCUACCUUUUUUAUGAACGAAGACUCGUGGGCCAAAGUCACUUAUGAAGAUGGAAAGACCAAGGAUGGUCUUACCGCUUACUGGGCUUCCAAGAAGUACGCAGAAAAGGCAGCCUGGGAGUUUGUAGAAUCCAAGAAACCAAACUUCACUAUUUCUACAAUCCUUCCUGCUUAUGUGUUUGGUCCUCAAGCACAAGAUGCUGAAGCUAAGGGUCAGUUGAACUUGACUGCCGAAAUCGUUGGAGGUUUUUACCGUUUAUCCAAGGACGAUAAGGUUCCUGAAGUAGCCGGUCCUUUCGUUGACGUCAGAGAUGUAGCCAAGGCUCAUGUCAUUGCUUUCGAGAAGGAUGAAGCACAGGGACAAAGAAUCAUCACAUCCAAUGGUAGAUUCAGUUCACAGUUGAUCUUGAACAUCAUAAGAGAAAAGUUCCCUGAACUCAGAGAGAAGUUGCCAGUUGGAGUUCCUGCCAAUGGCAAAGUUCCUGAGUCUGAUCUGUGGGAUGACAGUAAGUCUAAGAAAUUGUUGGGUUUCAAAUUCUCUGAUAUUGAAAAGGUAGUUGUCGAUACUAUCGAGCAAGUGAUCAGAGCCAACGAAUAA